AUGUUUAGAAAACUAUUAUUAUACAAUUUUGGAAGUCAACUUUUUGCCAGAGUAAUAUCAUUCAUUAUUAAUCUUAACUUCUAUCGAAUCAUUGAUGGUGAUUUGUUAGGUCUUAUCAAUGUUCAGCUAACUUUAAUGUAUAAUACUGCUUUAUUUUUGUCCAGAGAACCUGUUCGGAGGACUGUAUUAGCUAAUAAUGGAAAAUUUAAAGAACUUAUUGCAACAAUGUGGAUAAGUUUUGGGUUGUCUAUAAUAUUUGGAAUCAUUUUAUCAGUAGUAUGGAUGGUUACAUUAAUGAAUGUCUCCAGUAAUUAUCAGGAUAAAUAUUUUUUCAUGAUUUUUAUGUUUUUUUUAAGUAUCAUUGUUGAAGGUUUCAGUGAACCUUUUGCAAUGUCAUGCAUGAAACUUGGUGAAUCAGAAAGAUUUUUAAUUGCUCAAGGAGUGCUGGUAUUUUUACAAAAAGUUUCAUCAGCUUUUUUGAUAUUUAUUUUUAAAUUUGAUCAUGUUAAUGGUUUGUGUUAUGGUCAAUUAAUAGGAUCCAUAGAUACUUCAGGAUAUGUUAUGACAUUUACCAAAUCUUUAUCAUUAAAAGAACAGGCUACUUAUGAUGCUAUUGAAAAGAUUGGUUCAUUAGCUGUAAGAAUUAUUUUGAAACCUCUUGAAGAAGCUGCUCAAAUAUUUUAUAAUUCAAAAUCAACUGAUGGUAUUGGAAUAGUAGGACUUGUGAUAGCAAUUUUUUCAUCUCCUUAUUCAGGAAUAGCUGUUAGAAUAUUGUUAGGUGAAAAUUUAUUAAAAUAUGCUAAUGGAGCUUUAUUGUUAUCAGCAUAUGCUAAAGUUUUAGUUAUUAUGGCUAUUAAUGGAUUGACAGAAUGUUUGGCUAUGUCACUUAUGAAUGAAAUUCAAAUUUCUAAACAUGGAAUUUUUUUAUUUGGAUUAGGUAUUUCUAAUAUAGCUGUUAGUAUUAUUUUAUCAAAAAACAUUGGUUCAAUUGGAUUUAUUAUUUCAAAUGGUAUUCAUAUGGUUAUUAGAAUUUUAUAUAAUUGUAUUUUUAUUGAUAAAAUAAAGUAUACAAAAUUCAGACCCUUUUCUGAUUAUUACCUUAAAAAAAGAACAUUAUUUAUACUUUUCUUAUCCAUAAUUUUCACACAAUUAUCUUAUUAUAUUUUUGAAGUAAACAAUAUGGAUAAAAAUUUAAAUAUACUUGGUAUUGUCAAUUUUUCAUUUUAUGAUUUAAUUCAUAUUGCAAUUGGCUUUUUAAUUUUAAUAGUAUUAUCAUUAUCAAUAUUAAAAUUAGAAUAUUCAAACUUUAAAAUAUCUUCAUCUCUAUUGCAUCGUAAAUUAAAUUAA